CAAUUCCAAAAGCGCUAUUCCGUAUUCCGCGCAUUUAGCACCCAUUUACCAAGUAAAGACAAGAUAUAUAACAUACAGCCACCCAUACAGUUGGUAGUUUGAGAUUCAGCCUACAGCAAAAUGGACUUACUUACUCGGUUAUGCGUAAUGUGCCUUAUUUGUGCCAUGAUUACAGGCUCUGCGUUGUCGAUGAUGUAUGGAGGAGGUUGUCGGACGUUCAUGUGCACCAAGUCGUGCCCCAUGGGGUACAAGAGGGACAUGAACGGAUGCAAGUUAUGUCAGUGCAGGACGGGCAGCGGUUCACAAUCAUCAGGUUUCCAGCAAGCUAAUUAUAGGCCUGUUAUUCUAAUACCAGUUGUUUGCAAAAAGCAGAGUUGUACCAGCACGUGCUCUAACGGCUAUGACAGAGACGAUAAAGGCUGCGAGACGUGCACGUGUAAAUCAUCUACUGGAACAAAUGGGAAGGGCAAAAUAAUACUUGGAACUUCGGGAAACAUGGGAAUGAUGAAUAACAUGGGAAAUAUGGGAAAUAUGGGGAUGAUGAAUAACAUGGGAAAUAUGGGAAAUAUGGGGAUGAUGAAUAACAUGGGAAAUAUGGGGAAUAUGGGAAAUAUGGGUAUGAUGAAUAACAUGGGAAAUAUGAAUAAUAUGGGAAAUAUGGGAAAUAUGAAUAAUAUGGGAAACAUGGGAAAUAUGGGAAUGAUGAAUAAUAUGGGCAUGAUGAACAACAUGAAGAAAAAAAGGAGAAAGACUAACACUUUUGGUAACAUGGGAAUGAUGAAUAAUAUGGGAAUGAAUAACAUGGGAAUGAAUAACAUGGGAAUGAAUAACAUGGGAAUGGGAAACAUGGGAAAUAUGGGAAACAUGGGAAACAUGGGAAUGAUGAACAAUAUGGGAAACAUGGGCAUGAUGAACAAUAUGGGAAUGGGGGGCAUGUCCCAGUGCCCCAUGUUAUCAUGUUUCAAGAAGUGUUCUAUGGGAUAUAAGACAGAUUUCCGAGGGUGUCGACUCUGCCAGUGCAGAUCCGGCUUCAACUCGGGCUUCAAUUCCGGCUUCAACUCUGGAUUCGGCUUCAAUUCUGGAUUUUCAAGUUUUUCGAUGAACUCUGGAUCCAGAUUCUUAUCAGUACCGUGUCCAAUGGGUAUCCCGAAGGUCAACUGUGCCAUGUCUCCAUGUCUCAGCGCUAAGUGCUUCAAAUUCCCCAUGGCAACAUGUGUGGAGAGCUACUGCGGGGGAUGCCACGCCGCUUUCUACCUCAACAAGAAGAGAGUGUUCUGUUAAUACGAGAGCGCAAUGUAUGCUGCCAGGUGCACCUGAAUGUGACGUCCAAUAGCCAAGCGCCAUUCGAAUUCCUGUGUAAUAAUGGAAAGGUUUAAUCAUGAUAUUUAGUGCAUGAUUUUGUAUGUAUUGUAUGUGUCGUAUGUAUUUGUAUUGUUUGUGAACGCUUGAUUAAAACUCUACUUUAUUAAUGUUUCACAUCUAUAAGAAAUAUGAACAGUAGUAUACUUUCAAGAAAUAUGAGUUUUGUCUUAUGUCAUAUGUGAAAGAGGCAUAUGGCUGUCAUGUCUGAUAAAAUGUGGUGUUGUUAUCUUUGUUUCAUUCACAACAAAAACGGAUAAAUAUAUAACUAAACAACAAUAAAUUAUGUUUUCUUA